AUGUUUAGAAACAACUACGAUGGUGAUACUGUCACAUUUUCACCAACUGGACGUCUUUUUCAGGUGGAAUAUGCCCUGGAGGCUAUUAAACUUGGAAGUGUUACAGUCGGAUUGAGAUCAAAUAAGCAUGCGGUUGUAGUGGCAUUGAAGAGGAAUGCAGACGAUUUGUCCUCUUACCAGAAAAAAAUUAUUAAAUGUGAUGAGCAUUUGGGUCUUUCCCUUGCAGGUUUGGCUCCAGAUGCUCGUGUAUUGAGUAAUUUCUUAAGGCAACAGUGUAACUACUCACAAUUGGUUUACAACAGAAAGUUAUCUGUGGAAAGGGUAGGUCAUUUGCUGUGUGACAAAGCCCAAAAGAACACUCAAUCCUAUGGUGGUAGACCAUACGGUGUGGGUCUUCUAGUGGUAGGUUACGACAACAGUGGUCCACAUCUGUUGGAAUUUCAACCAUCUGGGAAUGUAUUGGAACUUUAUGGUACUGCAAUUGGUGCAAGAUCUCAAGGUGCCAAGACUUAUUUGGAGAAAACUUUGGAACAAUUUUUGGAAGUAGAGGAUCCUAACGAACUAAUAAAAUUAGGUGUGGAGGCAUUGAGACAGUCUUUGAAGGAUGAAACUUUGAGCACUAAGAACUUGUCAAUUGCAGUUGUGGGUGAAGGCAUGCCAUUUACACAAUACGAUGAGGAAUCAGUAUCAGCUUUUCUAUAA